AGUCUGUCAGUCUUAUUGUGUAGCUCUGAGGUUGGUUAACUAAAGCAACAUGGGAUAAUCCGCUUUAACAGAGGCUAAUGUCAUGUUGCUUUGGCUCACCACAAACCCAGGCAAAGCAAAGAACUGAAGGGCUGUUCUGGAAUUUACUCUGAACCUUUUCAAUGGAAUGUCGGUCCAACUGCGUACAUGGGUGUUUAUCAAAGCAAAUCCUGUGGAUCUGAUGGAUGGAUCUGCACUUGUGACCCGAUACGAUCGAACUCAACUGGAACAUUUCUGGACUGAAUGAAUAACAUUUCAGUGUGAGAAAUGGGGACGGUGCUCUCUAUAUCCCCUGUAUCAAAUAAGGUGACGAUUCUGGAUGAUGGAGGUGCAUCGGCGUGCGAAGCCAACGGGAAAAUAGAGAAGAGUUUAAGGAAGCCGUCGAUGAUCGUGUCCUCUCUCGCAUUUAAACGAUUUGUGACUGCAUCCGCUAAAACGAUAGGUGUCAAGAAAGUUAAUCCGAAUCCACCUGUUACCGGUGACAUUCAAGCGCUCGAGCGUCUGAACAACGAAAACUUAAAGAGAUCGACCAACACCGAUCUGAAAACUGAAAAUGGACCUAAUGGACUCAAAGAUAAUCUCGAUCAGGAACCGUUAUCCACAAAGCCGAAGCAACUGGUGUCGGUUCAAAAACAGCCCAGCAGUCCGACGCUCAUCUCUCCGAGGCGCGUGAUCGUCCAGGCCUCCACCGGCGAGCUGCUCCGGUGCCUUGGUGAGUUCACGUGCAAACGAUGCUUCAGACUGAAGGAACUCCGUCCAAACGAGGUCAUUGGCUGGUGAAACGUAGACAGGACUCUGCUGUUGCAGGGCUGGCAAGAUCACGGGUUCAUCACACCAGCCACUCUCGUGUUCGUUUAUCUGCUGUGUAGAGAAACGCUGACGGAUGAUAUUGACAAUCAACGUGAGCUCCAAGGGACCUUUCAGACCUGCCUGUAUCUUGCAUAUUCCUACAUAGGGAACGAGAUAUCUUAUCCCAUCAAGCCCUUCAUGGUAGAGACCAAUAUGGACUUGUUCUGGGAGCGAUCUUUGAAUGUCAUCAAUAAACUAAGUGGCAAAAUGCUGCAGAUUAAUAUCGAUUCGCAAUUUUUCACAGAGGUUUUUCAAGAUUUGAAAAAUGAAGGGGAUUACAAGACAGAAGCAUGUGAAGUGGACCGGUAGAGAGCAUGCGUAGUAAUCAAUGACACUGAUUUAUUGAAUUCGAUUGCGAUCGAUUUAUGUUGACUGGAACUUGCACAAAAAAUGCUGAGCUGUUUUAAAAACAUAUCGUUGGGUAAAUAUGGACAAUUCACAGCAACUGUUAGGUUCAAUUUAACUUAUGGAUUGUUUCAUCCAUGUUUGGGUCUAAUGUGGACAUUUUCUGGAUCAAUUUAAACCAACUUGGGUUAAAAGCAGUGCGCAGUGGAUUGGGAUUUAGUUUUACAAUAUUUAUGUCACAGUGUUUAAUAUCACCAUGGCUUGUACCUGUGUAGCUGAAGUUAAAUGCAUGUCGUAAAGAUUUAUACAGUCGCAAAAGUCAUAAAGAUGGAAUGUACAAACACAAUUUUAUUUUACACUUGUCAGCUUAAUCUUUCAUUGUUUGCCUUCCUUGAGAUCAGAGAAAUUAUUUUAGAUCAAAAGAUAUAUAUUUUGGUUUUGUUUGUAUUAUCAUGACAUGUACAUUGUGUUUCAUUUUUAGCUUGACCACAUUGUUGGUUACAAAUAUACCCCUGUAUUUCUUCUUUAAAAUAUGUAUAAACUUAAAAUAGGUGGUAGCAACACUAUCUUACAAUGGACAAAAAUACACUUAACAGAUAUGAGUGGAACUAUCCAUGGUGCUGAUCUGUUUGUGUUGCUUUAUUGACAGAUGUCGAUCUUAAAGGGAUAGUUCACCCAAAAAUGAAUUCUUUUAUUUUCUUAUAUUCUUAUAUUUUAAGUAAUGUUUGUAAACAAUGUUUGUAAGCCUCAUUCACAUCCAUAGUAGGAAAAGAGAAUACUAUGGAAGUGAAUAGGGCUCACGAAUGAUUUGAUUACGACAUUUCUCAAAAUAUCUUCCUUCACGUUCAUCAGAACAAAGAAAUUUAUACAGGUUUGUAACAACAUGAAAGUAAGUAAAUGAUGACAGAAUUUUCAUUUUUGGGAGAACUAUCCCUUUAAUGUAAAACUUGAAAACGUUGUCUCAUCACUGAGAAUUCUUAUGUGCCAAUCCAUGUAUUAUGUAAGGUUAUGUAUUUGCGUCAUAAAGGUUUGAAAAAUAUCAGAUGAUCAUGCUUGGAGUUUAUUUUAUUUGCCAUGGUUUCUUGAUGCUCUUCUUAAAUGAAAUAAAUGCCAGUAUGACUGGUUCUAAUGAUCCAUAAUGCGUGUAUUGGGUUUAUUAAUAGCAUUGACCAAAUGCUGUUUUGAAAAAAAGAGGA